UCAUCAGGUCGGUGCAUGUUGCGGGAAAAACAAAGCCUCGCGAUCGCCAUCGCCACGAUCAUUUUUUGACGUGAAUUAUUGAGGAUUGAGUCAUUGUUUUGUCAAUUCCACUCUCAAAUUCGCAUAUUUGACUUUACUAGUAUUUCAAGAUAACGAAAGAAACGGUGAAGAUGACAAUUGUUCAAGUAAAGCAUGUUGUAUCUUGUAGCAGCGAAGACACGUUGCACAAGGCAGAGAAUCUUUUAAAGGCAGACUCUUACAAGAAAUGGACAGGAGGAUCAGAAGGAGAGAAACAGGUCUCUGUCAUCCUUCAACUAGAGAAAGCUUCCUCCAUUUAUUCCAUAGAUGUCGGCAAUGAGUCAUCUGCAUUUGUUGAGAUUCUCGGCGGACAUUCAAGCUCUGGUUCAGAUGAAUUUCAGGUUAUCUUAGUAACAUCAUCAUUCAUGUCACCAAUAGAAAGUAGGAAUAAUACCAAUCAGAAUCGUGUUCGGAUGUUUGGACCAGAGAGUCUCUCUAAAGCUGUCUCCGAUAAGAAGUUUGAUCGCAUCAAGAUUGUUUGUACUCAGCCUUUUAAUAAGCGUUGUAAAUAUGGACUAUCAUUCAUCAAGCUUCACGGUCCACCUGGAUCUGGUGAGCAGCAAGAGGGCGCUACAGGACAGACUACCCUGGGCAAGUUCAGAUUGAAGGAAGAAAGCAAGUCUUCUCUCUCAGUUGGAAGUUUUUUCAAGAGCAAGGAUACUGAACCUACACAGAAACCACUCACAGGAGCUGCAGCAGUAAGGGCCGCAUCCAGCAUUCCACAGACUCAUCAGGCUCCAUCAUCAUCAUCACCUAAACAGACAUCCCAGCCAUCAGCCAAGAGACGUUUAUCUGAUGCUGAUAAAAAAGAGGGAGAGAAGAGCCACAAGAAACCAGCUGUUGAGCCUAAGAAAGAAGAACCAUGUAAGCAACAAUCUAUCCCAAGGAAAGAAUCCAAGCCUCAACCUGCCACUGGAGAAGUGUUUGAGAAACUGAUGAAGAAGGUUGUGUUUGUGAUGAGUGGUUUUCAGAAUCCAUUACGGGGUGAGCUAAGACAGAAGGCUAUGGAGAUGGGGGCUAAAUACCAGGGAGAUUGGGGCCCGGGUGCUACUCAUCUCAUCUGUGCCUUUGCAAACACACCCAAGUACAACCAAGUAAAGGGAAAAGGAAAGAUUGUCAAGAAAGAAUGGAUUACAGAUUGCUACAGGAAACGUAUCCUGUUACCAUGGAGACGAUACAAAUUAUCAGGAGGACAAGAUAGUUCUAGUGAUGAGAGUGAAUCAGAAGAAGAAGAAGAGGAACAAGAAAAGAAGACGCAAGUAAAAGCAACACCAUCAAAGAGUCCGUCUAAGAGUCCUCAAACAAAGGCCUCAACACUAAAGAAGCCUGCUGAAGAUGAUGAAUAUGGUGGUUCUACGGAUGAAGAAGGGAAUGAUACAGAACCGAUGUCAGCAGGAGGUUCAUCUGGGGAUGAUACAGAAGAUGAAAUCAGAAAAGUUCAAUCAAAAUUAAAAACUCCAAAACAGAAGGGAGGAAGCCCAGAUAAGAAGGGUCAAAGUUCAAGUGAUGGAGAUAUCCCAGACCUUCCUGAUUUUUUCAGCAGCAAACGAUUCUUUCUCUUUGGCAAAUUUGAUAAAGAAGAAAGAAGGCAGAUCAAUAGAUUCAUCAUUGCAUUCAAUGGGGUUAUUGAGAACUAUAUGAAUGAGAAAGUCAACUAUGUCAUCACUAACUCAAGCUGGGAUAAGAAUUUUGAAGAGGCUCUAUCAGACAACUCAUCUCUUACAUUUGUCAAACCAAGAUGGCUGUUUGCUUGUAAUGAGAAACUCAAGAUGGUCCCUUAUCAACCUUACAUUGUUGUACCAGCUUAUUGAGCUUAUCAGAGGAACUAUUAAUACUGCCAAAGGGAUUCCAGUUCAUUGAGCGCUCUUAGAUGAUCCUUUACAAUACUGGAAUGACCAGUUGAAUUUGUGAAUAUUGUGGUUCCAACUAAAUUAGUGUGUUUAGAUGAUGCCUUACAAUAUUUGGACUGAUUUAAUAGUUUGUUUAGUUGAUCCCUUACAAUGGUGGAGUCACUGACUGAACAUUGUGGUUUCAGCUCACUGAGCUUCUGAGGUGAUCCUGUAAAAUGUUCAAAUGUCCAACUGAAUAUCUGAAUAUUGUGGUUCCAGCUAAUUGAACUGUUUAGAUGGUCCCUUACAGUACAUUGCCAAAGUUGGUCUAGCUAAACAAACUUCAUAUAUGAUCCCAUACAAUGGGUGUUUAAAAGUAAAAUGUUUUGCUGGUGUUGUGAAAACACCAACACCAGUCACAGCACUGUACUUGAAAUGAGGUCGAUGUUGCUAUUGACCUUGAAAAUUUAUGGCAUAUUUCUGGUACUUUGUGUUGAGCACUGGUGUUAGAUAUCAUCUGCUGAACCAAUUAAUGAUCUACCGGUAUGCAUAAUAUCCCCACCCACCAAUAACAACCCUCUGUGAUUUGGAAAAUUGUGAUUUCAAGUUUGUUGUUAUUUCCAUUCUCAAGCUAACCCCCCCCCCCUCCCUGACAUGUCAAGUGUUUCAAAACCACAAGUUAUAAGCCAAUAUAUAAUUUAUGUGAGUGACUGGACAUUUAUUUCUUGCCAUAAAACUGCCUUUCCUUAAAAGGUCAGAAUUGAAUAUUUUGUAGUUAACAGUUUAUUGGUAUUUGGUAUCCAAGACACCUAUAAUAGAUAUGCACCCAUAUGACAGAGUCUUGCUAUGCAUAGCCCAAACACAGCUGUAUGGGAGACACAGACUCUGGGCUUUUGGGAAGAAUUCUUCAAAAGAACUGCCAAAAGCUAGAAAUGAAAUUGGAAAGUCAAGAAGUCCUAUUAGUUUUUGAGAACAGCGAUGCUGGGAAAAAGUUACAUUAGCAGGUUUUGAGACUGGUAAAUGCUUGAGCAAUCCGAAUCAGGGUAGCCAUGCUAAAGCCAGGUUAAUAGUAUGCCUUGUUCAGAAACAUUGUAUUAAGUGCUAUAUAAAUGUUGCCCUUUAUUAUUAUUGAUGUUAUUAUUAAUGUAAACAGAAAAGGUGGUUUAAGUACUUUUUGUUCAUCAUGUUUAUAUUCUGUUUGUAUUUUUACUUACAGCAUCUUCUAAAGAAUAGAGUGGUAUGAAUUUGAUAAAAUAAUUUUGAUACUGUGCUUGUUUCUUCAAAUUCAGUCAGAGAUGUGAGAUACAAUCUAUGUCAAUAAUGACCCUACAUAGGUUUGUUCAUAUUUAGAUGUUUAGCAAGGACAUCAUCUAGCAGAGGAGAGGAAGGACAUCAUGUCAUCUCCCCAUCCCACCUCUGUUGAAAGAAUAUUGAUCAUGUCUUAAGCAGUUAGAAAUAUAUUCAUACACUGCAAAAACUCUGGUGUUAAUUUACCACCAGCCCAGAAUCUAUAUAUGUCCACACCAGAGAAGUGUUGAAACAAUACCAGUUUGGUAUCAAACCGAUGCUUUUAGGGUUAAACCAAAAUUAAACUGGUGUUGUUUAACACUUCUCUGGUGUGGACGUAUAUAGAUACCAGGCUGGUGUUAAAUUAACACCAGAGUUUUUGCAGUGUAGCAUGCUAGGUCUUGUUUCAAGAACACUUGCUAUACGGUGUAAAUACGAAUGCAAAAUUUCUGUAACAAUUUCACUAUUAGCCAACCAAAUUGAAUGAUUGUUAUAAAAAUAGCA